CUACAGCCCCAUCUUGUACUAGAUAUGUAGGCUUCUAUUUCAACGCCGUAGGUACCAAGAUGGGCAAAUAUCAUGCACACCUACCCACCGAAGCAUUUAGUCUUACUUAGAACCAUUGCGGACUUCAUAAAUAUGGCUGGCCGUUACAUCCUUUUCCGGUUCCCUCAUAUGGCCCCUUUUCUCUUCACCGUUCACUAUCCUUCUUUCCUGCCCUUCACCUCCUGCCUGUUAUGCCACCCACGGUUCCUCAGAUAGACUAAUCCCUCUAACAUGGCCCAUGGACUGCUCUUCAUAUCUCUACUCCUAUGCCUCAUUCUCACCGUAGCCGUUGAAGCAGAAGUAGAUGUAUGGAAGUACUUCAACGCGCCCUUCCGGUCCUUCCCGGACACAGAUGAGAGAUGUGGCUGCAAGAGCCACAAGGCGGAAAUAGAGUCGGCGUACAAAGAGGCAGCCAAGAUGAUCGACGCAGCCGCCGAGGCAUUCACGUGGAUCAACGGACGCCCGUUCCCCGAUGAUAACUCGCUGGACUCGUUCAAGUGGAUGAGGAUCGUGGUGGCUAUGACUAGCAUCCUCGGCAUCGAGAUCGACUCUGAGACCGGGUGGCGACUUGGUCCGAGAGAUGACUACAUCUUCAGCUGUGCGCGGAACGUAUUCGUCCGUCUGCAAAACGGCAUGAAAAGGGACGGGAAGCACGUGAAUAAAUUCAACGGCCUGUACUGCGGCACGUCGGGCUUCCAGUGGUACAACUAUACCAGCGACGACCCGACGAACGUCGGUCAGAAAGUCUCAGACGACAGGGACAGGUACGGGGAUAUGUACUGGCCGGAUGGCUUCUGGUACUUCAACUGGAACAAAUUCAUGCUCGAGGAGCACACUCCCACCGACAACCACCUCUGCCCCCCCGACAUCGUGGCACGCGCCACGCAUGAACUCAGCUUCAUCCUCCUCUGCGACCUGGCGUUUGCGAGCCCGCCGACAGUGGUCAAGAGCAAGAUUGAGAAUGGGAUGAUGCUGGACGAGGAUGAGCUGCAUCAUAACAUUGCGCAUGUCUUCGUGCAUGAAUUGACCCAUUACGACGGGAGUUUAGAUAACGACAUUCUAGACCAACCAGCCCACGACGAGGAUGGAAAUAUCCAAUAUCGCUCGGACGGGACCCCCUUCGGAACGUAUCAUUUAGCAUCCGUCUACAACUUGGCCGCAGCUAAGCCAAAGCUUACUUGCAAAUCAGCUCAAAGCUUGAGUCUCUUUGCCAUGGCAAUGUACCUCGAAGAGUGGACUUGGGAUGUUGAGGGGGCAAUGGAUUAUCCCACUUGGCUAGCCUGGCGAUUAGAUAGCUGAUGACAGUGGUGAUAAUGACGAUGGCGAUGAUUCUGACAACACGAUAACUCCUAAUAUGCACCUUAACCCAGGGCAUACAUAAUGAUAUGAAACAAUAUACCCUGUUGCCUAGAUUUACUAAAAUUGUUCUGUCGUGCUCGAGAUUUAGGCAUAUUCUUGUUUCGCAAUCUUGCGAAAGGUUUUAUUUUAUUUAUUCUAUUCACAUAAUAGAUCAAGGCUUGUCAUGGCACGAUAGUGUCCUCUGCUGCCAGAUAUCGAUCGAAGACAACCUCAAACUAUGUGGGGGGGGGGGGG